AUGCCGCGCCGCCCGAGGGCCUCCCGCGGCGGCAGCGGCGGCGAGGAGGUGAAGAUGGAGGACUUCGUGGAGUCGAUGCUGAACCUGGGCGGCGGCGGCGAGGGCGAGGAGAGCGAGGAGGGGGAGCAGCUGCCGGCGGCGGACGCCACGCAGUACAAGUCCAAGAACCUGGACGCCGAGCGCCGGAGGAGGGGCAGGCUCAACACCAACAUCCUCAAGCUCAGGGCCGUCGUGCCCAACAUCACAAAGAUGAGCAAGGAGUCCACCCUGGCCGACGCCAUCGGUCACAUCAAGAAGCUCCAGAACCAGGUCCUCGAGCUGCAGAGCCAGCUCGCCGACUCGCCCGGCGAGGCCUGGGAGAAGCAAGGCAGCGCCUCCUGCUCCGAAUCCCUCGCCCCCACCGACAACAUCCAUUAUCAGGGUCAGGUGGAGCUGAUACCUCUGGGGUCUUGUAAGUACAACCUCAAGAUCUUCUGGACCAAAAGGGCAGGCCUCUUCACCAAGGUGCUGGAGGCACUCUGCAACUACAAUGUGCAGGUGCUUAGCCUCAACACCAUCACCUACUAUGGCUAUGCAGAGAGUUUCUUCUGCAUUGAGGUUAAGGGUGAGCAGGAUGUUGUGAUGGUGGAGCUAAGGGACCUCCUGUCCAGUAUUGUGGAGGUUCCAAGCAUUUGA